UAUUCGCCAUUAGGUAUUAUGUCGUAGUUGCAUCAGACUCACAAUAUUACUUUGCCGGCGAGGUAGGUUUCUGAGUAUAAGUAGUUCGAACGAGAAGGGUUUUUAUUUACUCAACUCUAGAGCACCACCGGUAAAAUGAAGCUUUUUGUGAGCGAAGGUAAUCCACAGUGUAUGAAGGUUUUGGCGGCAGUGGAACUGACUGGAGUGAAAUGUGACAUCCAUCAUGCCAAUCCGGAGGAGCGAAUCGUGCCCACGCUGAGCCACCCUGUGUUGCCUGUGCUCCAGUCAUCCUCGGGAGACUAUCUCUUCAUGCCCAAUGCCAUCUGCAGAUACCUGUUUGAACUUAGUGGACAGGAAGCCAGCAGUCAGACGGACCAGUGGCUGGAAUGGGAGGCAACAGAACUUCAGCCUGCUCUGAUGCAAGCGCUCCACCUGUCAGUGCUGCAGGCGAAGAGGACGGAAGCGGCAGGAGCCCUGGAAGGACCCCUCAGGUUCCUGGAGCAAAGCCUGAGCAAAAAACCUACCACUUUCCUCACAGCGGAGACAGCGACAGUGGCUGACACCGUCCUGUGGGGGGCGCUGUACCCCUUCCUUUCCGACGCCAGUUUCCUGCCAGGUGACUCUCGGCACGUGGCAGCAUGGUUCGAGCGUGUCACCGCGCUGCCGGCCUGUCAGGCAGCCGCCCGGAGCAUCCUAAAUGAGAAGGGCGGCAAGGCGGCACUCAGGAACUUCGUGCAGAGGCAGCCGAUGCCUCAUACUCAGCGGCGGGACACUCAGUCCUGCAGCCAGCCAGAGGAGAACAGCAGCGAGCGUGAGAUGACCGAGGAGGAGAUCCAGGCUGCCGAGGAGACGUGGAGACGACAGGUAGCUGACUUCCCCGCCCCGGCAGAUAGGCAGCACCCCAUCUUGCCACAGGAGGGUCGCCGGAAUUUGCUCAUCACCAGCGCGCUUCCCUAUGUCAACAAUGUGCCGCAUCUGGGCAACAUCAUCGGCUGCGUACUCAGUGCCGACGUCUUCGCUAGGUACGGCCGCCUACGUGGCUGGAACGUGCUGUUUGUGUGUGGCACCGACGAGUACGGCACAGCCACGGAGAACAAAGCCCGCGAGGAGGGCUUGACCCCCCGCCAGAUCUGCGACAAGUACCACAAAGUACACGCCGACAUCUAUAGCUGGUUCCAGAUUGAUUUCGACUUCUUUGGCCGCACCACGACCGACCAGCAGACGGAGAUCGCUCAGGACAUCUUUUGGCGGCUUCACCAGCACGGCUUCCUGGUGUCGGACAUGGUAGACCAGCUGCGCUGCGAGAGCUGUGAGCGCUUCCUAGCCGACCGCUUUGUGGAGGGGGUCUGCCCUCACUGCCGCUACCCUGAGGCCCGUGGAGACCAGUGUGACAAGUGCGGCCGCCUGAUCAACGCCGUGGAGCUCAAGGACCCCCAGUGUAAGGUGUGCAGACAGACCCCCGUGGUUCGCUCCUCAAAGCACCUGUUCCUAGAUCUGCCCAAGUUGGAAUCCCAGCUGGACCAGUGGCUGGAGCAGUCGAUGAGCUCGGGGAACUGGACCAGCAAUGCUCGGCACAUCACUCGCUCCUGGCUGCGGGACGGCCUGAAGCCACGUUGUAUCACCAGGGACCUUCAGUGGGGGACGCCGGUGCCCCACCCCGACUUCUCCGGCAAGGUGUUCUACGUGUGGUUUGAUGCUCCCAUUGGCUAUCUGUCCAUCACCGCUAACUACACUGACCAGUGGGAGAAAUGGUGGAAGAAUCCAAAACAGGUUGAGCUGUACAACUUCAUGGCCAAGGAUAACGUUCCAUUCCACAGCGUGGUGUUCCCCUGCUCGCUGCUGGGUGCCCAGGACAACUACACACUCGUCAACAACCUCAUCGCCACAGAGUACCUGAACUACGAGGACACAAAGUUCUCUAAGAGUCGCGGAGUGGGUGUCUUCGGGGACAUGGCGAAGGACACGGGCAUCCCCGCCGACGUGUGGCGCUUCUACUUGCUCUACCUCAGGCCCGAGGGCCAGGACUCUGCUUUCUCCUGGAGCGACAUGGCGCUGAAGAACAACUCGGAGCUGCUCAACAACCUAGGAAACUUUGUCAACAGGGCUGGCAUGUUUGUCACCAAGUUCUUCAACGGCUGUGUCCCGGAGAUGGUGCUGCAGCAGGAGGACAGGCGCCUGCUGGCUCAAGUGGGCUGGGAGCUGAGGCAGUACAUCCAGCUCUUGGACAGGGUUAGGAUACGAGACGCUCUGAAGUGCAUCCUCAACAUCUCCCGGCAUGGUAACCAGUACAUCCAGAUGAAUGAGCCUUGGAAGAAAAUCAAAGGAGAGAGCCAAGACAGGCAGCGGGCAAGCACGGUGACGGGCGUCUCCGUGAACGUGGCCUGCCUGCUCUCGGCCAUGCUGCAGCCCUAUAUGCCCGCUGUGAGCGCCACCAUCUGCGCGCAGCUGCGCGCGCCGCCCAGCUGCGCAGACACCAUGCUCAGGGGCGCCGGUGCCUUCCUCUGCGUGCUGCCCUGCGGACACCGCAUCGGCACGAUCAGUCCGCUGUUCCAGAAGCUAGAAGCCGACCAGAUUGAAGCACUGAGGAAGAAAUUUGGGGGUCUGCAGCCCGAGGACGAGGAGCCCAAAAAUCAGGCACAGGCUCCGCCCAAAGCCAGCGACCCAUCACCUGCUCCCACGGGUUCCGUGGGGAACGGCGCCGAUCCUGAACGGGCAAAGCAGCUGGAGAAGGAACUGGCAGAACAGGGGGACAAAGUCCGUGCCCUGAAGGCCCAGAAGGCUGAGAAGAACGUGAUCACGGUGGAGGUGACCAAGCUACUGGAGCUGAAGAAGCAGCUGGCGGUGGCCGAGGGAAGAGACCCGGAGCCGGUCCCACAGAAAGGCAAGAAGAAAUGAGGACAGGAGACCGGGGGGGGGGAGGGGGCACGAACGGAGAGAUAUGAGAAGCAGGGCGGUGGAACACGCAGCUGGUCGCAAGAGCUGCCAUGAGCGAGCGGUCCGGAGGGAACCAGCGCUCGGAACCACUACGUGAUGAACAUCUCGGACAUUAUCAGGUUUCCAAGAGCACAAGAUUACCGGCUAAACCUAGACCGUCGCAGGGACUGGUUACCAGAUCGAUUUACCCUCUAAAUUCUCUUUGCUGCCAACGUGUUUUCAUUAAAGACGAAUAAAUAAA